AAAAAAAAAGAGAGAGGAAAGAAAGAAAAGGAAAAAAAAAAAAGUGUUUCCCUGAGUGAGCUUGGAUGUUUUCCUUUCGCUUUGCAAAGUUUCCCCAGGCCAGGCUCCAUUCCCUCGCGUCCUCCGGAGCAGGGCGGGACGGCGGCGGCCGGUGCGGGGCUGGAGCCCGGAGCGGCGGAACGCGGGGCCCGGAGCGGCUGGAAAGGGCAGCUCAUGUCCCUGCCGAGCCCUGCAUGGCCCCAGCAGGACGAGCCCUCCCCGUGUGGCACCACCGGCCUCCCCCCGGCCUCGUCCGACAGCGACUCCGGCUGUGCCCUGGAAGAGUACCCGGAGCCCCCCGCGGACCCCGCGCCCCCCGAGGUCCCGCCGUGCUUCGGGCCCCGCUCGCCCCAGCCUGGCUCUCCCUCUGACAGGACCCGGCUCCGAGCCAGAGCCCUCCUGCAGCAGCUGCCUCCUCAGGACUGCGAUGAGCGGUACUGCCCCGACCUCGCCGAGGAGGAGCGGCACCAGCUCCGAGCCUUCAGCGCCCGCCGCAGGCAGGAGGCUCUGGGACAGGGCCUGGCGUGUCCCGUGCCAGGUCCCUGCCACGGCUGUCCCUGCAGGAAGUGCGGCCGGAGGCUGAACAAAGGCGACCCGGGGGUUUCAGCGUCUCGCCUGGGGGACCAGUUCUGGCACCCAUCCUGCUUCUCCUGCCACUUCUGCCACCAGCAGCUGGUGGAUCUCAUCUACUUCCAGCAGGAUGGGAGGAUCUACUGCGGCCGGCACCACGCCGAGCUCUUCCGACCCCGCUGUGCCUCCUGCGACCAGCUGAUCUUCAUGGAGGAGUGCGUGGAGGCCGAGGGCCGGCGCUGGCACCUGGAGCACUUCUGCUGCCUGGAAUGCGACGAGCCCCUGCGUGGGCAGCGCUACGUGAUGCGGAGCGGCCGGCCCUGCUGCCGGGGCUGCUUCGAGAGCCUCUUCGCCGAGCCCUGCCAGGCGUGCGGGGACCCCAUCGGUGCUGACAGUGAGGAGGUGGCGCACCAGGGGCUGCACUGGCACGCCCGAGCCUCCUGCUUCUGCUGCAGCCGGUGCCAGGCGCCGCUGCGGGGACAACCGCUCACCUGCCGCCGCGGCCGCCUCUUCUGCUCCGGCACCUGCGGCCGCGGCCUGGACGCCUCUUCCAGCGCCUCCGACUCCUCCGACUCGGCCUUCGCCUCCGCUCCGUCCCCCGACUCCACGCCGCUGUCCCCCGGCAGGAGCUCGGCAGCGGGGGGCUGCAGGCAGCGGGGGGAAGGGGCUGAGGCGCUUUCGGAUCAGGCCCCGCUGCACCCCGCCUUCAGGAGCCCCGGGGAUCUCGCAGCGGCUGCGCGGGAGAGGAGCAGCGACGCCGCCAAGGAGCACCCAGGGGUGCUGGGACCCCCAGCUGGCCACCCCUCGGCCCCCCAGCCCGGCCCCGAGCGGCCCAGCGAGCCCAGAGCCCAGGCCCACGCGCUUUUGGGGGACCCUGAACCCCGAACAGCUGCAGGCAGUGGAAACCCACCGUGCCAAGCGGGCGCCUCCCCUCCCCGACACAGCCCCUGGGCAGAGGAUGGCACGGAGGAGGACGACUCCUGGUGUCCCACCUGCUCCUCAUCUUCGGACUCGGACUCGGAGGAGGAGGGUUUCUUUUUCGGGAAGCCCAUCCCCAAGCCCGGGAUGAAUUCCCUGGGCAGGGAGCCCCCCGGGAGGGGCAGGGGCAGGACGGCCAAGCACUGCAGCGUGUCCUAACAGCGGGGUCCGAUGUCCCCGAGUGGCACUGCCACGUCCUGCCACGGCCUCGGCGUGUUCCGAGCGCGUCCUGGACAUGGCCCAAGGCUGCUGGGAGAAGCUGCUGGAAUCCUUGGCCUGGCAGAGCCUGCAAUUCCUGCCAGCCUCUCCCAGAAUUAGGAACAGGUAAAGCAGGGAGGGAGCAGGGCUGGGCCGGCCUCCAGCACCUCCGACACGGCGGCACCUCCGGACAAGGGCAGCUGCCUGCAUCGCCCCACUGCUCCCAGUGGGAUCCUUCCCUGGACUCCUCCGUGCCCCACUGCCACCCCUCUCCAUCCCUGGUGGCACCGUGUGUGUCCUGCUGCCACCACCGCGAGGGGACCGGAUGACAAAGCUCCAAUAAAGGCUGGCUGAAAUCUGA